UGGAAAUCUUAGUCUCCCUUAGGCAACUGUAACAACAGCCAUUGUUUUCCCUGCUAAACUGAAGCUCAACCAUGGCACCCCAGUCAGCUGUCAAGCUCCCAGACAUAGACCUUUUUGAUGAGAAUUCCCUGCCUGGAACUGCCUCUUGGGUCUCCAAAUGCAAAGAUGUUCAACUAGCGCUUGAGGAAUAUGGCUGCUUCCUAACACCUUAUGACAAAGUUUCUUUACAGCUUCAGGAUCAAAUCUUUAACUCCGUGCAAGAAUUGUUUACUCUUCCUACAGAAAAGAAGGUCCAAAACACUUCUGAUAAACCUUACUUCGGCUACUUUAAACAUCCAUUGGUCCCUCUCUCUGAAAGCAUGGGCAUUGAUGGUCCAACCCUUCUUGAAGGAACUCAAAGUUUCACAGAUCUCAUGUGGCCUAAUGGCAACAAAAGAUUCUGUGAAAGUGUACAUACGUACGCAAAGCUAGUAUCCCAACUUGAUCGAAGGGUGAAAUACAUGGUGUUUGAGAGUUACGGUGUAGGGAAGUACUUUGAUUCUCACAUCGAUUCCACCAGUUAUCUUCUUCGACUCAUCAAAUAUAGACUACCCAAGGAAGAGGAAACUAAUAACUGCGGCUUUCCUCACACUGACAAGAGCUUCUUAACCAUACUUCAUGACAAUCAAGUUGCCGGCCUGGAGAUAAAAACUAAAGAUGGCAGGUGGAUUGGUGUUGAGCCCUCAGGUUCAAUGUUCAUAGUCAUGGCCGGUGAUGCAUUCUUGGCAUGGAGUAAUGGAAGAGUACACUCCGCACUUCAUCGUGUGGUUACGAAUGGCAAGAAGGAGAGAUAUUCCCUUGGGUUUUUUUCGUUCAGCGGUGAGACUAUACGAACGCCAGAGGAGCUGAUCGAUGAGGCUCAUCCUUUGCUCUUUAAGCCCUUUGAAAAUAUUGACUUACUCCGGCUCUAUUCCCUUGAUGAUGUUCGGAAAUAUUCUCAAAAGUUUAACGACGAGGCCAUGUCCAAUACUCCAAGCCUAACAGCUAUUCUCAGCAGAAAAAGCUCAAUAAACUAUAUGAUCAUGGCAACUCAGUCAGCUAUCAAGCUACCCGUCAUUGAUCUUUUUGAUGACGAGUCCGAGCCUGGUACUGACUCUUGGAUCUCCAAAUGCAAAGAGGUCCAGCGAGCGUUUGAAGAAUAUGGAUGCUUCUUAGCAACAUAUGACAAAGUUUCUUUACAACUUCAGGAUGAUGUCUUCGACUCUGUACGAGAAUUGUUCCAACUUCCAACAGAAAAGAAGGUUCUAAACACUUCUGAUAAACCUUACUUUGGUUACUUCAAACAUCCAUCGAUUCCUCUUAGUGAAAGCAUGGGCAUUGAUAACCCAACGAUUCUUGAAGGAACUCAAAGUUUUACAAACCUCAUGUGGCCUAAUGGGAACCAAAUUUUCUGUAAAAGCAUAUACGCAUACGCCACGCUGGUGUCAGAAUUGGACCGAAUGGUGAAAACCAUGGUGUUUGAAAGCUAUGGUGUGAGGAAGUACUACGAUUCCCACAUCAAAUCUACUAAUUAUCUUCUUCGACUCAUCAAAUAUAGGGUACCCAGGGAGGAUGAAAAUGACUUUGAUGGAUGCCCUCACACUGACAAGAGCUUCAUGACCAUACUUCAUGACAAUCACAUUGCAGGUCUACAGAUAAAAACAAAAGAUGGCAACUGGGUCGGCGUUGAGCCCUCCGGUUCAAUGUUCGUGGUCAUGGCAGGCGAUGCAUUCUUGGCAUGGAGCAAUGGAAGAAUACAGUCUCCAACCCAUCGUGUGAUCAUGAAAGCUAAAAAGGAAAGAUAUUGCCUUGCAUUGUUUUCAUUUAGCGGGGAGACUAUACGAACGCCGGAGGAGCUUGUGGAUGAGGCUCAUCCAUUGCUGUUUAAGCCCUUUGAUAAUAUGGAUUUACUCCGCCUCUUUUCCCUUGAUGAUGUUCACCGACAUGCUAAGUAUUUUUCCCAGCCCAAAUGCGGAGCCUGA